AUGUUCCACCUACAGAAUGGAAACGUAUUAUGCAGCAGAAUAAGAUGCCCAAGUCUACACUGUCCUUCCCCUGUGCAUGUACCACAGCUGUGCUGCCCACGAUGCCCAGAAGACUCCCUUUUCUCAGUAAGCAGCAAAAUCACUGGGAGAUCCUGUGAAUACAAUGGCACCACCUACCAUCAUGGUGAAAUGUUUGUGGCAGAGGGGCUUUUCCAAAACAGGCAAGCAAACCAGUGUGCCCAGUGCAGCUGCUCAGAAGGAAAUGUGUACUGUGGGUUGAAGACUUGUCCCAAAUUAACUUGCUCUUUCCCAGUUUCUGUUCCAGAGUCCUGCUGUCCAGUUUGCCGGGGAGAUGGAGAAUUAUCAUGGGAACAUUCCGACGGAGAUAUCUUCCGGCAGCCAGCCAACAGGGAAGCCAGACACUCACACCAUCGCUCCCACUACGACCUGUCACCCAGCUCUGUGAGGCAGGUAGUCAACAUUCCACGAUUUCCCAGUGCCAGGAGUAACCGUGGAGUUGUACCGGAUCCCCAGCAAGCUUCAGGAACAAUAGUGCAAAUCGUCAUCAACAACAAGCACAAGCACGGACGAGUUUGUGUUUCAAAUGGCAAAACGUACUCCCAUGGUGAAUCUUGGCAUCCUAAUCUCCGGGCCUUUGGAAUCGUAGAGUGUGUGUUGUGCACCUGUAACAUCACCAAACAAGAAUGUAAGAAAAUUCAUUGUCCAGAACAAUAUCCCUGCAAAUACCCUCAGAAGGUAGAAGGAAAAUGCUGUAAAGUCUGUCCAGAAGAAGUGCCAAGUCAAACCUUUGACAACAAAGAUUACUUCUGUGGGAAAGAGACAUUUCCCGUCUAUGAAUCCAUUUUCACAGAGGAAGGAGAAACCAUCAGAAAAAUUGCAGUAGAGACUGAAAAGCCAUCUCAAAUAGAAGUACAUGUGUGGACAAUUAGAAAAGGGAUUCUGCGCCACUUCUAUGUUGAAAAAAUGUCCAAGAGAGAAUUUGAAGAACUUCCUUACUUCAAGCAGAUAACAAGGACAACCCCUAGCCAGUGGAAAAUAUUUUGCGAGGGAGAAGCUCAGAUCAGCCAAAUGUGUGAAAGCAGAGUGUGCAGGACUGAGCUCGAGGAUUUGGUAAAGGUUUUGUACCUUGAAAAGUCUGAAAAGGGUCACUGUUAAGGGAGACAGCACUGGAGGGAGAAACACAAGAAAACUUAUGAAAACUUGGAUCUGCAGCUGGACUGCAGGCUUAUUUUGCUUAAGUCAACAGUUGCCCUAAAAACCAGAACUAUAAUGCAGUAAUUAUUCACAUCAUGCACAGCAAAUCUGCUGCUUUAUGUGUAGUGGUCUGUGUCAACCGUUCAAAUAUCUCCUCCAAAAGACUAGGAGGCUCUGUAUUACUGGUGGGGGAAGGAGAAAGAAAGACUGUACGUUCCCAGAGUUACAUUUCUUUACAAGUUAAAAAGAUAAAAUAGAACAUAAUUUUUAUUAUUAUUUGGCAAGUUAUUCAAACUAAUGAAAAGAAAGACACCUAAUAAACGUGCAGGAGCUAUGGAGAGCAUUAACUCCUGUGCUGAAUUUAUACUAUUUCUGGUGUUGAAAUGACUCAUGGAUUUUUUUUUUUUAAUAGUGGAGGAAAAAUACAAGUGAUACAAUACUUGUGUUGGAGACAUAAAAAAACAGAUUUAAACUAACAAACUCCUAAGCAGCCUGCCUUUGGGAUGAUGUCUUGUAGUUGAGCAAACUGAGUCCAUAAACUGAACAGCAGGUGUUAGUGGCAGUCACUAUAUUUUUGUAGCAACUUGAGCAAAUGUUCGCUUUUAAGUGGUUUUCACUAUUUUCUCCACCCACUUCUCUAAAAAAUGUGAAGUGUUCGCUCCCUAUCACAGCCCUAAUAACUUCAUUCUUCUGGGCCCUAUUAACACAUGGUCUUGGCUGAUAAACUGCCUUCUAAAGUGACAUGGCAGAAGGUAGUGAAGUUAAAACACCUAGAGGGUUAAACCUCCUGAUUAAUAUCUCCUUAAGAGUUGCAACAGUGCUUAAUUUAUUUGUUCUGAGUUGUUACAAACCUAAUCUUCUGCAUUUUUCUGAGGGUGACCUCUCAAUUCUCACACUUCAAAGACUGCUCUCUCCCAUGACAAACACCAAACAGCUACAGGAGGCCUUUAGAACACAGCAGCUCUGUGAAAACUGUUCUCUUUGUGAAAAACAAAUCUGAGAGAUUCUAUUAAAUUUAGUAUAGCAUGUCUACCAUGUGUUUAAGAAAGGUGGCUCUCAUCUGCAGAAAACCUGUACAUAUAAUUUUUAAAAAUAUUUAUCUGAAGAGUCACUGGCUCGUGGCUGAGAUGUUGGAUUAAAUCCCAAGGAGCAAGUGACUCUGCCUGCUUUUGCUCUCAUUUUCUACUCCACAAGCAGACAGGAAUAUUGCUGUUCAAAUACUUGCUAGGAAACAAAGCUUUAUGGAAAUGAUCUGAGCCAGGGACUGGGUCUUCCCAGGGAGUGAAAUCUGCAGUGACAGCAAGGAUCCUGAGGUUUUGUCAUUCUGCCAGUGACAGCACUCCAGGGUGUGCCCAUCUCUAAAGGAAUGAAGGAGUGGGAGAGCUCACUGCUAAGUGCCAGAAGCCCACGUCAGG